AUGGAGUCUCAACAACACACAUCAACCGCGCUUGUGCGCAAGCGGACCGAUCUCGAACUGAUGCCACCACCGCCCGCUGCGAAGAAGAUAAAGCGCCCGAAAAAGGUCAUAGACGAAGAAACCUAUACCGACGCCCUCUCGCAGAUCAUUGCACGAGACUUCUUUCCCGGGCUUUUAGAGGCAGAGACCCAGCAAGAGUACCUCGAUGCUCUCGAAUCAAAUGACAAAGCAUGGAUUUCCAACGCUGGCCAGAGGCUGGAGCGUGUGAUGACGCCGGGAAGGAAUAGGGUAAAAAGACCGGCGCCUUUCAACAAUGGUGGACGCACGCCAUCUGCAUACGGUGCGGACACGCCGGCAUCUGUGGCAUCAACGGUACCCGAGGCACCAAAGCCGGUCGUGGACACGAAUAUGAGCCUGGCCAACUUCCAAGCUACUUACACCAGCGAGGACAACGAGAGUUUUUACAAGCUCAUGGAUAAACAAAACCAGAAGAAGGCAGAGAAAUACGAGUGGAUCUGGCGAGGGAACAAACUGCCUUCCAAACAGAUGAUCAAACAGGCGGAAGUCGAAGCAAAACUACUGAUGACAAGGAGUUUGGUUGAUGACGGGUGGAGGAGGGACAGACUGGCCAUCAAGGAUGUGGACGACAGACCAGCCAGACCAGACAGCUGGAACGCUAACCCCAAGAACAACUUAAUAUUCGGCCCAGACGGUGUGGAUGACCACUACGAAAGCCCGGCGCAGAAGGCUCAGGCUCAGUCGCUGAUGCCGCCUAAAUCGAUCAACUAUGCGAACACAAGGAUACCGCAACCGACAAUCGCCGAGAGGCCUCCAUCCCCAACGCUCUCCGCUGUGAGAGACGCGAUUGCUGGGAAACCCCGCAAAGAAGAUCAGGCUUCAAGCGCUCUUGGGGGCGGAGAGACACCGAGAGUGAAUGGUUACGCCUUCGUGGAUGACGAAGAGGAUGAGGACCAAGUUCUACCCGCGCCCGUUAUCGACCUCGGCCCUGGCGACGCUACGCCGAAUCCAUUCAAGCUGCAAGAGCACAGAAAGCGAGAGUCGUUGCAUCACCGUCUAGUGGAGCGGGCAGCGCAAUCCAAGAGGGAAUCCGUGAAGAACGGCUUGACUGGAAAGCCGGACAGAACACCGGUGCCCAAGUUCCCGUCUAGCCCGCGUGUUUCGGGCGGCUUGACGCCUGCCGCUCAAAGCAUAAAUCAAAAGUCUGUUGCUCCAAUGAGGUUCGCCGAUUUUGCUGUCGAUUUGGCAGCGGUGCUCGGCGCUUCGCGCUCUGUCGCAUCCAGACAUGUCGCACUGAGAGGCCGACAGCUCGAGAGCUUCACCAAAGCUUCCAGCUUAACACGCAAAUCCCCAACGGCGCCUCAGCACGCACGAGACAGUGAUGCAACGGAACCGUCAGUUGCUCCCGAUGCCCCAGGAGCCCGGAAAUCGGCUGAGAAGGAGAUGAUGUCGUCGGAAAAGGCGUUAACAUCCCAAACCAAUCACCCCUCACUCACACCAUCAAGCAACUUCCAGCCCAAGCUCAGUAAUGCGUCCGGUAUUUCACCAAACUCAGGGUCAGUCCUCUCUCAAUUGAGGCAAUCCAAUCCUUCGGCUUUCCCUUUUCAAGGCGCAUCACCAUUGGAUCAAAGGCCCAAGGAUGACACAGUCCCUGUAGGGUCAUCAGUGAGCAUGCCGACUGCUCAGUACGGCGCCCCUGUCUCUGAAGAGGCUGACGACCUCCCCCAAGGUGUCAAUGUGAACAUCUUCCACAGCACCCGUGCCGCCAAACUAUUGGGUAAGGAGGAAGAACAAUCAAAGGUCAACUUUGGAAAUCGGAAGAAGCUUCCACCAACUAAGCUCCCCGAGUUUAUCGACUUCUCCAAGUUGUCCAAGGAUUCUGAGGUGAAGACAUCAACCUCACAUGCGAGUGCUCCAAGCACCUCUCAGGGCGCUUCCCAGCCUGAUGUAAUUACAAAUGAUGCGGAAGGAAUCCAGGUCUCACCGGCUGCUCCAGAGUCUGUUCCCGCCGCUUCCACCGACCCGCUAUCAAAAGAUGAACCCACCGUCGAAGCUGUCUUGGGCGCUGCUGUCGACCAGGCAUCAACCCCAGCUUACUCCCUUAGAGAAUCUAGUGUGCCCGCCACGCGCCUGAGCAGACUUUGGAACUACGGCGGCCUAGCAGCAGGAAUGAUGGGUGGUGCCAUUACAGAGAGUAUCGGCAGAGCAUUUGGCGGCGGUGGGGAGGGCUCGGUAUUGCUCAGUGCCGGCAACAUGGAAAGGCUUGUGGCCAAACUAUCCAGAAUGCGUGGCGCCGCCCUGAAGAUGGGUCAGAUGAUGAGUUUUCAGGACACAAAGAUGCUCCCGGGACCGAUUCAGGAGGUCCUACAGAGAGUGCAGGACCGUGCCGACUACAUGCCGGCCUGGCAGAGAGACAAAGUCCUCAAGGCCAACUUGGGCGCGGAAUGGCGUGAGCUGUUUGAAGACUUUGAAGAGAAGCCCAUCGCUGCCGCGUCCAUCGGACAGGUCCACCGGGCCACUUUGAAGGAGGGCGGUCGCAAGGUCGCAGUCAAAAUUCAGUUUCCUGGCGUCGCAGACUCGAUCAACUCCGACCUCGACAACCUCGGCAUUCUCUUGACCGCUACCAAGCUCCUGCCGAAGGGCCUGUAUCUGAACAAAACCAUUGACAACGCGCGGCUGGAGCUGGGAUGGGAAUGCGAUUACGAGAGAGAAGCGCAGUGCCUGAUCCGUUACAAGGAGCUCCUAGCUGACGAACCGAACAUUUUCCUUGUGCCAGACGUUCAUCUGCAAGCCUGUGGAAAGAACGUCUUGACCAUGGACUGGAUGGAGGGUGUGGGCGUCACCAGAGUCAAGUCGUUUACCCAGGAGCAGAAGGACUGGAUUGGCACCCAGAUUCUCCGUCUCUGUCUCAGGGAGAUCACAGAGUUCAAGUUCAUGCAGACCGACCCCAACUGGACAAACUUCCUCUACAACGUCAAGACCAACAAGCUCGAGCUUCUCGACUUUGGUGCUUCCCGGGAGUACCCCGACGAUUUUGUCACACAAUACGUUCAGCUCCUCGCUGCGGCCUCAAGGACCGAUCGGGAGGGAGUCAAGCGCUUGUCCGAGAGUCUUGGAUACCUCACCGGCCAUGAGAGCAAGCUCAUGGUGGAUGCGCACGUCAAAUCGGUGCUCACCCUUGCGGAGCCUUUCCUCGGCUCGGCCCCCGAGGUUUACGAUUUCCACGACCAGACCAUCACAGAGCGUGUGAAGGCCCUGAUCCCCGUCAUGCUCCGCGAGAGACUUGCGCCGCCACCUGAGGAGACCUACAGCUUGCAUCGCAAGCUGAGUGGUGCGUUCUUGCUUUGCGCGAAGCUCGGCAGCAAGGUCAGAUGCCGCAACAUGUUUGAGGAGAGUCUGAAGAAGAACGGCUACACUGCUUAG